AUGCCAGACUGUCGCCGUCCGUUCUCCCCGGGACCGCAGGGCGGCGCCGCGCGGAAGAGGAAGGCCAUGGAGGACUCUGAGGAUGAAGCCGAGCCGGCCGCAGGCCCCCGCAAGGCACCCGCGCUCGAGGACUCCGACGGCGAGCACCCCACGGGCCGGCGCGCGGCCAAGAAGCGCGCCGCGGACUCGGACUCGGACGACGAUGACGACGAAUAUGAUUCCGAGGACUCCGAGCUGCGCGGACUGCCCGAGCUGGAGCGCGAGCGCCUCAUCGCUGAGCGCGCGGAGGCGCGGCUGGAGAAGGAGCGCACGGCGCGGCUGCUGGCGCUCGCGGCGAAGGGCGACAAGGACCGCGGCGCCAAGGGGGCGAAGAAGGGGCGCGGGCGCAGGAGGGGGUCCGACGACGACGACGACGACGACGACUUCGACGACGAGGACGACGAGGAGCGGACCGCGAAGCCGCGGCGCGCGGCGGCGCGCAGGACGGCGGGGAACAAGGAGACGGAGGCGAUGCGGGCGCUCCAGCGGCAGCGGCAGCGCAACUUGCAGCGCAAGGCCGACCGGCUGCGCGACCUGCAGGACGACGACGACGACGCGGGGGGCGAGGACGAGGCGGGGCGCGACGACGACAGCGAGUCCGCGGACGUCGUGUCGGAGCGCGACGACGACGACGCGGGCCACGAGGACGCGGACUACAAGGAGGCGGCGCAGAUCUGCUUGCCGCGGUUCAAGCUGCUGGAGUGGUACGACCAGCCGCACUUCGCGGACGUGGUGCGCGGGUGCCUGGUGCGCGUGCUGGUGAGCGACGGGCUGCGCGGGGACGCGGCGGCGGCGGGCGCGGUGUACCGGGUGGUGGAGGUGCUGGAGGUGGUGUCGCUGACGAACAAGGUGGCGACGCCGUUCGGGGCGGUGAAGUCGCCGUACGAGUGGCGGCUGUCGGAGAACAACAAGAUGACGUCGGACCGGUUCCUGUACGUAAAGUUCGGGAAGCACAAGGCCCAUCUGCCGCUCUACAAGGCCUCCAACUCCCCGAUGACGGAGGCGGAGUACAACCUGUUCUGCGACACGAUCGCGAAAGAGGAGGGCAAGGAGGGGCUCCUCACUCUGCGGCGCGUCUCCGAGGCGCGCGAGCGCAUCGCGCAGGCCAACGCUUUCGUGUGGCGCGCGGAGGACAUCGCCGAGAUGAUCGCGAAGCGCAAGGCGGAGAAGGCCAAGUCGCAGGACAAGGCGCAGUGGACGUUCGGGGAGCUCGUGGCCGAGAAGGCGCGCGUGGAGUCGGAGAUGGUCGUCGCGGUCGACCGCGACGACAAGCCCAAGGCGGAGAAGCUGCGCGGGCAACUGGCGGAGCUGGACCAGCUGAUGCGGAAGAAGGGCGGGGCGAUGAUGCUGCAGCCGGUGGUGGUGAAGCGGGCGCAGGACGCGAGGCGGCCGCGUGCGCGUGCGAGGGAGGGGGCGGCGCAGGACGAGAACGGUGCGCGGGAGGCACGGAGGGCGCCGGAGCUGCCGCUGGUGAAGAGCGUGGAGGACGCGCUGGCGGCGGUGGACAUGGGCGCGGUGGCGGCGCCGCCGCGGCGCGCGGGGCCGAGGCUGGCGGCGGGGUGGGCGCAGCGGAUGUGGUCGGCGCAGUUUGACAAGCCGGGGAUCAAGAAACACCACAUCCGGGACUUCAUGAGGUGA